AUGGGUGAGAAGAAAAGGCUUAGCAAAAGAAGAACCACAAAAAGCAGAGAGAAUUUGCGAAAGAAGGCCAUAAAAGCGGACAGAGCCCAGAGGAGAAAGGAGAGAAAGCAAGAGAAGCGGACGGACUCUAAUGCGUUCUACGCUGUGAAAACCGAGGAGGAAAUCAGCACUCUUAGAGAGAUAAGAGAGAGCGCAGAGAGAAGGCUGAAGCUGUACAACGAGACACAGAAGAACCGGCAAAAGACCGAGGUGAAAGACGACAUAUCAAAGAAGUACAUCAAAGAAAUACACAAAGUGGUUUCAGAGUCUGAUGUUGUUCUGCAGGUUCUGGACGCGCGAGACCCCAUAGGAAGCCGAGCCCCAGAAGUAGAGAAAAUAAUAGCUGCGCAAGGAAAAAAGCUUGUGUAUGUGCUGAACAAAAUAGACCUGGUGGACCGAGAGAACUGGGGCAGCUGGCUAGCCUACCUGCGAAAUUACGCUCCUGCAGUCCCCUUCAAAGCGUCCACACAGUCGCAAAGAACCCGAAUCGGGCACACAGAGAAGACAGAGCUGAAGGCCGAGGCAUACGGAGUAAAGGACUUGAUGGGGCUGCUGAGCAACUAUGCAAGGUCUGGCGGGUCAGUUACCGUGGGAAUUGUAGGGUGCCCUAACGUGGGGAAAAGCAGCCUUAUAAACUCUCUGAAAAGGGAGAAGUCGUGCGAAGUAAAGAACACGCCAGGAGUCACCAAGAUAAUGCAGCACAUCGUCUUGGCAGGGUCUAUCCGGCUGAUAGACUCCCCUGGAAUCAUAUACAACAAGUGCAACCCAGUUAGUGCUGCGCUCAGAGCCAGCACUUCAGAGGUAGACCCGGAGGAAAUAGCCGCGUUCAUAUUCAACAAAGUUGGCGGAAGCGCGCUCGCGAUUCUAUACGGAAUAGCCGAGCCCCAGAACGUGGACCACCUGCUUAUAUCCCUGGCGGUCAAGUGGGGAAAAAUAGCGAACGGAGGAGUGCCAGACAAGAGAACUGCGUCGUACAUGGUGCUUCGAGACCUGCAGAUAGGAAGAAUCCGGUUUUCAACAAAAGUGCCAGCGGAGAGUGCGCAGCUGCCAGAUGCAAGCGACGACUUGAUCAACCUGGACUUGCACCAAAGCAGGCUUGGACAGAGCACACAGGCGGAGGGCGCGUUUUGUGCGAAUGAGGAUAUGGCGUAUGAGCCAUUGCCUGUGAACUAG